GUGGAGAGUAAGGGAGAGAAAGAGAGUGGAAGAGUUGGAGAGAAAGAGGGGAAAAAAGAAAGAGGACUGCAGCCUGUGUCUGCCAGCGUUCGUACACACUCUUCCAACAUUGACUCCAGUCAUCUUGAUUUUUUUUUUUUCUCUUCUUCUUCUCCGUCCUGCUCCCCCCCUCCCUCUGUUCGUCCGUCUCUCAGUGUCUCUCUAUCCGGGAGUCUUAUUUACAGACCUCAACCAAUGCCGCCAUACUUCUGCUCAGUCAAAGCAUUUUAUAUUUUUUUUUUGGGGGGUGGUGGGGAGGGGGGGUUAUUUUGCGUGAUACAUUCUAAUUUUAGGUUCUGAAAGCGAACAAAGAAGCGAUUUUUAUUAUGUUUUUCGCGUCCUCCUCUCGCCGUCUGUGUUGAUUUUGCUGUCAUUUAUUGAGUGCCUAUGACCGUUGUUGUUUGGUGAAGUGGUUUAACUUUCUCUCUUCUCUCUGGCGUGUUCCUGAACACCAGCUGGUUUCUGCAGCUCUUCUGCCACAGUACCUCCUGUGCCUCUCUGUUGGUAUUACACCAUCCUCUCCCCCCUCUUGGCCUAACUCCUGCCUUCUUCACUUUGUUUUUCUUCUUACUGCGUUUUUUUUCUUCAGUGGGCAAUUUUUGCAGCUUUUACACCACUUGGCUGUUUUCAAAAGGCUUUUUUAAGCCUCGAUUUCCUCGUUUGUUUUUUCUGAUUUCGUGCAUUGUCACGGGAAGGAGUUGAUUCUGUAAACCGGUUGUUGAACUGGUGAUACUUUCCUGUCUGGCGUGGUGAAUUUAUCAUGAGAGAGCAAAAUGGAUGAGUUCCACCCCUUCAUCGAGGCCCUGCUGCCCCACGUCCGAGCCUUCGCCUACACCUGGUUCAACCUGCAGGCCCGCAAGCGCAAGUACUUCAAGAAGCACGAGAAGAAGAUGUCCAAGGAGGAGGAGCGCGCCGUGAAAGACGAGCUGCUCGGCGAAAAGCCCGAGAUCAAACAGAAGUGGGCGUCGAGGCUCCUCGCCAAGCUCCGCAAGGACAUCCGGCCAGAGUUCCGGGAGGACUUUGUCCUGACCAUCACAGGGAAGAAAGCCCCCUGCUGCGUGCUGUCCAACCCCGACCAGAAGGGCAAGAUCAGGAGGAUCGACUGUCUCCGCCAGGCCGACAAGGUGUGGAGGCUGGACCUGGUCAUGGUCAUCCUGUUCAAGGGCAGCCCCCUGGAGAGCACGGACGGAGAGCGGCUGGUCAAGUCGCCCCAGUGCUCCAACCACGGCCUGUGUGUCCAGCCACAUCACAUCGGCGUCUCCGUCAAAGAGCUGGACCUCUACCUGGCAUACUUCGUCCACACGCCAGAAUCCGGACAAUCAGACAGCUCCAGUCAACAAGGAGACACAGACAUCAAACCGCCGCCCAACGGGCACCUGAGUUUCCAGGACUGCUUCGUCACCUCAGGAGUGUGGAACGUGGCGGAGCUCGUCAGAGUCUCCCAGACUCCUGUUGCCACGGCAUCUGGCCCUAGCUUCUCCCUGGCUGACCUGGAGAGUCCCGGCUACUACAACAUCAACCAAGUGGCCCUGGGACGACGCUCGUUGGCCUCGCCCCCUUCCACCAGGUACAUGUCUGAGGUGGAGCUGUAUGCAAACCUUCCACGGAGCUCAAACAAGAGGAAGUCAUUAGACGACAGCGAGCUGGAGAGCCCCACGGACGACGUCUUCUACCCCGGACGCUCCCCAGCCGCCGGCUCCUCCCAGUCCAGCGGCUGGCCCAAUGACAUGGACGCAGGUGGAGACCUCCACUCACCAUCCCCAAGCUCACACCAUGUUGACCGCCACCUGAUAAUGCAGCACCAUUUGGCCAGUGUGCAGGAGAGGAAGAUUAAGCAUGAAAACGAUGGAGUGCAGUUUCCGUACCAUGGACUGUCCUCGCCUGGUUCUCUAAAGAAGCCGGGGAAGUUUGAUUUCAACGCCCUGUCGCCCCAGACGAGGUCCCCCCGCAUGGCGUUCACACACCACCCGCUGCCCGUACUGGCAGGAGUGAGACCAGGGAGUCCCCGUGCCUCCGCAUCAGCCCUCCACUUCCCCUCCUCCUCCAUCAUCCAGCAGUCCAGCCCGUACUUCACCCACCCCACCAUCCGCUACCACCACCAGGACCCGCUGAAGGAGUUCGUCCAGUUCGUCUGCGCCGACGGCUCGGGGCAGUCCGGCGGACAGCCUAACGGAGGUGGCCACGGCCAGAGCAAAAUGCCGGGCUCCUUCCUGCUGCCCCCGCCGCCCCCGGUGGCGCGCCCUGUGCCCCUCCCCAUGCCCGACUCUAAACCAGUCAACACGCCCCCUGACGGCGGCGGACUCAGCUCGCCCGCAUCUCCGUCAUACUCCACGCCAGGCUCCUCAGCUCCCAACAGGUUUGUCAGCAUCGGAGCACGGGACAACUUUCUGAACAUCCCCCAGCAGACUCAGUCUUGGUUUCUCUGACAAGGCCUCCCAGAUUCCACGUCUAAAAUUGUCACGAGAAAAUUGGAAAUGGAAAGACAACACAACGUGAACCAACACUGACGACAAACAAACUGCUGACACUAAAUGUUUGCUCACCAACCAACACGAUUCAUCACAAAAAACGUCAAACAAAGCCCUCAGAGGACUCUCCAUUUCAACGAUUGGAACAUUUGAACCAUAAUGAACAUCCCCCAGUCCAGAAGACUGACAGAAGGUCAGUGGACGGAAUGAACACGAGCCCGUGGAGAAGGAAGAAGACUCUGUCACAUAAAAAAAGGCAACCUGACAACUAACUGACCAGUUAUGUUUUAUUGCUUUUAUAUUUUAUUUUAACAAUGAAACUCCAUGCAAUGGUUGGGAGAUCCACACACACACACACACACACACAACAACAAUGAAAAACAGAAAGCAACAUAACACAAGAACAGCCUAAUUUGGAAUUUGAGCUUAACACUCUCACCACCCAGAAAACCCCAUUGUGUAUCCCUCAAGCGCUCAUCCUCGGGGUGCUUUUUGUCCCCUGAUUUCCCUCCCUCUCCUGUCACCCAGGGGCACCGUCAGUUUCAAAAUGUUCUGGAAUGUUGCAGGUAGAAAUGACAUGAAUAGAAUAGACCUGAUUCCCAAUUCUACAUGUUAGAGAGGCCUGUGUGUUCGACUUGACGUUUCAUUAUGAACAUUCCGGAACGUAGAAACAUACUGAAUGUGGCCCGUGUGUCCAGGAUUGCCCUGAUAACAUCCAUAGCUCCACCCACAUCCAGCUGGACUCACUGCUUGAUUUGCCCAGCCCCGAAUCCCCUCCCCUCUUCCGAUUGGCCAAACACGGUGACACCAUCCAAUGGUGUGACACCAUCUGCACUAACACUAAAUGGCUGGUCUUUGUUUACCCUCCCUGUGAAAAGCAAUAGCCAAUAGCGAUAAAGCCAAGGGUGAACACACGUCAGACAGACGUACAACACUAACUUGUGUGUUAUUUCAUCCCCUCACCUAUGCACUAUUGAAAAACAAUAAGGGAUGACAGAGUUUUGCACGUGGUUCAGAGCCGGGGCGAGCCAAUCCGGACUGGGAGGGCAGUGUAGGGGGCGGGGCGAGCCAAUCCGGACUGGGAGGGCAGUGUAGGGGGCGGGGCGAGCCUGUGGCCAUGGUGACGUUCACGACGACCUGUGACUCUGACGCCCUUAGGACACACAUGCACACACACAAAAACACAUACACACAUACACACACACACACACAAGCACGCAGGGAGAGAUUUACAUCCUCUCAUAUGUGCACACAGACACACGAAAACACGCGCGUACUACACACACUCUGUCUCCGGAAAACACGUGUGGCACACACCUAAAUACUCAUUGACAACUACAUACUGUAUGUUCUGUGUAUCAUUCACAUAAUGACUGCAUAGUGUUGGCGUCAGCUUCAUUGGCUUUCUAUUUGUUUAUAGGCGUUUUUUUAGUAAUUUGUUUUGUUUGCUGGAUUGGUUUUGGUUUUGUCUCACUUGGAUUUUUUGGCUUAUCUUUUAACCCGCUUAUUUUUUUUUGCAGAAUGAAAUGUAUCUUUCAAUAACAGACGAACAACUUUGAAAUAACAGAAUCUCUCAAAUCUCUCACAACCACUUGUACAGUUACUACGACAACAUCUGCAUCGCUUCACCCUGUUGCCAUAGUCACGUCACAGUAGGGUCCAGAGGAACACACCCGCAUAGUAAUGCAGACACACACACACGCACGUGUCACCAUAUCAACACACUCACACACAUACACACACACUAACACGGUCCCCCUGAUUCAAAAGACAAAGGGAAACCUUUAAAAUAUUUUACUCUCCAAACUGCCUUUGAUAAUGGUUUUUCAUUCAUUUUUGAGAUUUUUCGUUUUAAUUAAGACACAUUGUUUUUCUAUCGUAAAUGUUAUUAAAUUGUUAUUGAUAUAUAUAUUUUUUUUUUAUCAUGACACAAUAAUUCUAACAACAACAAAAAAAACAGAACCUCAAAAAAUAACUGGACUGCCUGGCUGUGGCCUCCUCAUUGGUUGAGAGCUGUUGGCUUCUUCCCUUUGCAGGGAUAUCACUAACUGAGAGCCCAGGCGCGCUCAGCUUCUAGUAAAAGUAUCUCUAUACUAGAACCGUAUAUCAAGACUAUAACUAACAAUCUAUCAAAGUGCCUCUGUACUCUCCUGUCAUGCAAUUAAUUAAAAUUCAGGUUGACGUUUCUUCACAUAUAAGCUAAAGCUAUGAAGAAUGGUGAUGUUUGUUUCUGUACGGAAACCAUUGGCUGCAGGACGGAAUCUUUAUAAAAGACAGCAACAUUUUGUAGAGAGAGAAAGCUUUGACAUAUAUAUAUAUUUAUGCUCCUUUAUAAUCUUUACUCAAAAUACAUGAAUUGGCAGUCUAGUUAUUUUCUGAACUCUUGAUCCCUUCUUUUGUGACAAAGUGAGCAACUAGCACUCUGUCACCACGACGAUUAAAUGACACCCGCCCACCCUCCACAAAUCUACAGCGAGGCAUUCGACAACGAGAUGUCCGUGAUGCAAAAUAGAUGAAACGUCAAAAUCGACAAUAGAAAAAUUGAAGAAAAAAAGUGUUUGUUUUUUGAUGGAAAGUAUUAUUAUUGAAAAAUAUGUGUCGAUUGAGCCACGUGCAAUGCAUUGGGUAGAUUACUUGUGUUUGUCUGUUAGAGAUUUUUAAGAAAGCUAAGAAGAAAACAGAAAAAAAAAUCUAUUUGUUUCAAGUCCGACGUGCUCCCGGACUCUAAACUAAGAGAGCCAUGAAAAAUCCUAGUCUUUGUAAGUUGGGGGUGUUUGUUUUUAUUUUCCUUUAAUGUCUCUUUUUUAAUGUUUUAAAUGUAAUCAUUUGUUUAUAAAAAUGUUAGGAGGGGCUGAAGGAAGAAAAAAUUCUUACAAAAUGUCAAAAAUAUAUAUCAACAUGAAAUGAAAAAAAAAACAGGUGCUUUUCACACACUAUAAGAUACAUUACACUAUUACAAAAUAAUUGAGAAUGAACAAAAAUAAUGAAACCGUUUGAGAACCUGCCAUUAUAUUUCCUCCUUUCUGUAGUUCUACUCCUUCCUUCUCCUGUUUCUAAUAAUGAAUGGGGGUAAAUGUUCCUUCCUAGUCUGGUCCCAGAUCAGUUUGUGUUGUAUAUCCAACUACAAUGAUCACUGUGUGACACUGACCCACAUGGAGGUGGGAAGACAGUACAGCACUGAUCUGGCCCCAAGCUAGUUCCCUCUCUAUUUUUCUAGUAGGUUGUGAAACAAAAGGCAUUUUGGUUCAACCUUUCGUCAGGACGGCAGUACUAGACUCGUUUUGACAAACCCAGUGAAUGAGGAACGGCCUAAAACUAUCCAGUUCCAGGCACUCCCACAUCUACAUUGAAUACAGCUUUGAUUCAUUUGUAUUUGAGCUAUCGGCAGAGUUUCUCCCAGAUUAUAAUCCUCUGAGUCUGAGCAAGCCACCGAUGACAGAGAAGGAAAAAAAAGGAGCAAUGGCGACUUAGAACUGUAUGGAAUUAAGGAGCCAGCAAUUCAGAACCGCGAUGUUACGAUAACACAAUGCAAGGUCAGCCUCAACACACCCACCCACCUCCUUCCAUCCUCUCCCCCCAUUGCCCUGUAAAUGACUAUUGACUCGUGCUUGUGCUGUAGUGUAGUUUCCCAGCAGUUAAAGGUUGUCCCUCAAAAGUGCCUUUUGUUCACAGACUCCAUUUUGUAAUCCAGAUCGCACCCCUUUCAUUCAGAAAUGGCUCGAGGUAGUGGUUCAGUUGGCCCUCGGCGCAGAUCUGCGAUAACAUGGCUGUAUCUGAACCGUUAGGAGGGGAUUCGCAAGCUAUACUUUAAAUCCACGCUUAGCGGGCAAUUUGAUCCCACCUCCCACUUUGAAAAUGAGUCCCGCUCCAUAUUGUAUCGACCUCCCUGUAUAUUCACUUCCUUUUCAAAAAUCCGUAUAUCUAUAGUACAAAAGGAAAUCUGGUGUGAAUUAGUUCUUUACUUUUUAUUGAUAAAUGAUGAUGACUAAAAAAAAUACUGAAAAGGCAAAAAAACAUGUUCUCGUACCCCAUCUCUCUCUUGGUUUCUUCUUCCCGUCUCCUCUGUCUAUCUGUACUUUUCUCUUAGACACUGGAGUAGUCUGUGUCUGUGUCUUCUCUUUCUCUCUGUCUCCCUCCCUCCCUCCCUCCUGUUGAUGGAAGGAAGGUUGUUUAAAAAAAAAAAAAAAAAACGGAAACUUUUUGUCUUGAGCAGAAUGCAGCUAGCUCACGUUAUUCUCGUCUGUAUUGCUUCUUCUUCACAUUGUAUACCAUUACCCAUCCUCUUCAGCUUCUCCAUUCAAACAGCUAAUGUAAGUGAACAAAUUACACUGAUGGGCUUUUGGGGGUGCCACCUACCUGGGGUGGGCUGGGCCGGCGGUAGGGGGUCAUGGACUGAGAGGGCCGUAUGGGGAUUAUAAUGUCCAGGGUUUUUUACGUUGGGCAGGGGAGCUGCUUGGCUGCGACAGGGAUUUUUUUUCUUUCCUUUUUUUUUUUUUGGUGAUAUAUUUAUUUUUAUUUUUUUAUUUUCUUCUUACUUAAUUUGGAUUCCAUUUUUAUCCUAUCUGUCAGUGUAUGUUGUCUUUAAGACUCUCUCAAAGAUAGUCUUGGAUGUGCUACAAGCACCUUGUAACUGGACUUGCCCCACAUGAGAAUGAGAAAGGUGGGGUUUGCCACACACACAGCUAGUCCUGUAUCAAAUACUUUAAACUAGUUAUCUGGUGAAGCCAGCAGCAGUAUUAGCCAUUGACAAAACACACUACACCCACCCAACACAGAUCCAGAUUGAACCAUACAUAAAACACCAGCUCUCUUUCUGUCUGCUCCUUUUCGUAGGGCUUACUGGAGAGAGGAAUAUAUGUAUGGGCAUAGAUAGCCCGCGGAAACUAGCCUGGUUACACCAGACUGAACACUGCACUCACUAAGUGAAACAUAGUGACGACAGUUUGAACACCAGGCUAUAACAAAACUCCCAUCUCAUCCCUGUAUUAUAUUGCCUAAUACUGGGCCAAUCCAAUUGUGGGAUUUUUUUCUGUUAUGAGAUUUGUUUUUUGUUUUGUUGUUUUGAUUUAGUUUAGUCGUGUCUAGACAGCACGCCCUUUGACCCCCCAACCCCACACCCAAGCCCCACCCCUCCCUCAGCAGAGCCCCACCCAUGUCUUUGGCUCUGCCUGAGAUGGAAACCUAUUUCCUACAUAGUGCACUCGCCUAUUGCACUAUUCCCAUAGGGUCCUGUUCAAAAGUAGUGGACUUUGUCGGGAAUAGGGCGCCAUUUUGAACGCACCCCAUGUCUUUGUGUAUAAGAAACACCCCCAGAGCUCUAUAGGUGAAAUGCAUGUGUUAAUUACAGUUUCUUUUCCAUAAGAAGAAAAACACAGUUUGAAAAGAGCAGCACCUUAAUUGAAUAAAAGGAUGUUCUUGACUGUAGCAUA